AUGAAAUUGGUAGCAGUAGUGAUUCUAAGCGCAGUGGGAGUUGUUUUGGCUGAUGAAAAGUACCGAGACUUAGACGACAAAUUAGACUUGUCUGAAGUUCUCAGCAACGACCGAUUGUUACAAUCCUACGCUAAAUGUUUGUUAAAUAAGGGACCUUGUACACCUGAAGUUAAACAAAUUAAAGACAAAAUACCUGAAGUAUUGGAAACACACUGUGCUAAAUGUACAGAUAAACAAAAAGAAGCUGGCAAAAAAUUGGCUCAAGAAGUUAAAAAAAGGCAUCCAAAAAUUUGGGCUGAACUUGUUGCCUUGUAUGACCCUGAGGGUAAAUAUCAAAAGGCUUUCCAGCAAUUUUUGAACAAUUAA